AUGGAGCAAGUGACCCUGGAGCAGGGGAUGGAUCCGAACUCUGGCUUGGAAGGGAGGAGAAGCCCGUCGCCCCAUGAGCAGGGCGGAGAUGCCUCCUUUCCCUGGAACCGGGUCCCCAAUCCCAGCCUCACCGACCCUGACUGGUUUUGGGAUGAGCACAUCCAGGCCAAGAGGGCCCGCGUGGAGACCAUCAUCCGAGGCAUGUGCCUCUCCCCUAACCCUCUGGUGCCCGGCAGCGCCCGAGCCGGGGACAGCCCCAGCUGCCCGGAGAAGGCCCGGGAGCGGAAGAGGAAGCAGGACCUUCCCACGCAGCAGCCCCCCCUGAAGCCAGGCCCUGCUGGGAGCCAGGGCGGCAGGAAGGGGGGCCCUCACGUGAGAGAACAGCUUCACCUGCUGAAGCAACAGCUGAGACAACUGCAGGAGCACAUCCUGCAGACUGAGCCCCGGGACUCGGCGCCCGGCCCUCGGAGUGCAAAGCAGAGGGAUGGCUGCGGGCGGCGGCCCUGGGCUACGGACAGUGGCCGCCACCAGGGUUCCAGUGGGGACCUCCCUGGGCUGGAAGAACACAGAGUGGCUGAGGUCGAUCACCAGCCUGAGGAAGCCAGGUUCCUUCCUUCCGGAACACGAGCUUUGCUGGAGAUCCUGAGGAAAGAACUGACGGGGGCAGUGUCCCAGGCUGUGGACUCGGUGUUACAAAAGGUACUCCUGGACCCGCCAGGCCACCUGACUCAGCGGGGCCGAAGCUUCCAGGGGCUGGUGCCAGGGGGCAGAAGCGAGGCUUCACCCGAGGAAGGUGCCUGUGAAAACCCCCUCCCGCUGGCCAUCUUGCCCAGGGGGGCCCAGGCCCAGGCCCAGGCCCAGGCUCAGGCUGGGUGCCCACUGGGAAACUCAUCACUGGCCAAGCCUCUAGACUCUCCUACAUACCCUGUCUCCCCAAGAAUGACCUCCAAACCCUGCCAGGGCCCCCCAACAAACUAUGCUGUGACCGUGCCUUCCCACAUGCAGGAAAGUCAGAUUCUGGGUCAGCUCCUGGGUCAUGGACCCCCGGGUCACUGGAGCGGCCGUCUCCCCCAGGGUGCAUCUUCCCAAAGUCACUCCUCCCCGGAGUCUGCCCUGCGACCUUGGGGAGCUGUCAAACUGCGACCUUCGGUGUUGAGCCAGCAGCACCCCGUGCCCUUGGCUUCCACCUGCCUGGAGAAGCUGCCCUUUCUUCCCUCCGUGAAGAUGGAGCAGGGUGGCCUGCAGGCUGCUGCCGAGGGGCUCCCAUUCCCCUCAGUCCACAUCCAGGAGGGUCUAAAUCCUGGUCACUUGAAGAAGGCCAAACUGAUGUUUUUCUUCACACGCUAUCCCAGCUCCAACCUCCUGAAGGCGUAUUUUCCCGACGUCCAGUUCAACCGCUGCAUCACCUCCCAGAUGAUCAAGUGGUUCAGCAACUUCCGAGAGUUCUAUUACAUCCAAAUGGAGAAAUCUGCCCGGCAGGCAAUUUCAGAUGGCGUCACCAAUCCCAAAAUGCUCGUGAUUCUCCGCGACUCAGAACUUUUUCGAGCUCUCAAUAUGCACUAUAACAAGGGAAAUGACUUUGAGGUCCCGGAUUGCUUCUUGGAAGUCGCCAGCUUGACGUUACAGGAGUUCUUCAGGGCUGUCUCUGCAGGGAAAGACUCAGAUCCUUCCUGGAAGAAACCCAUUUAUAAAAUUAUUUCGAAGCUGGACAGUGACAUCCCAGAGAUAUUCAAAUCUUCCAGCUAUCCCCAGGAGCUGCUUCGGAAUUAA